AUGGAGAAUUACAACCAAACAUCAACUGAUUUCAUCUUAUUAGGGCUGCUCCCACCAUCAAAAAUCGGGCUGUUCUUCUUCUCUCUCAUUGUGCUCAUGUUCUUGAUGGCUCUGCUUGGCAACCUGUCUAUGGUCCUCCUCAUUGUGCUGGAUGCCCACCUCCACACCCCCAUGUACAUCUUCUUGAGCCAGCUCUCCCUCAUUGAUCUGAACUAUGUCUCUACCACUGUCCCCAAAAUGGCUUUCAACUACCUGCUGGGGAACAAAUCUAUCUCAUUCAUUGGAUGUGGGGUUCAGAGCUUCUUCUUCUUGACUUUAGCGGGUGCAGAAGCUCUGCUGUUAACAUGCAUGGCCUAUGACCGCUAUGUGGCCAUUUGCUUUCCUCUCCACUAUCCCACUCGGAUGAGUAAAAGAGUGUGUGUGCUGAUGAUAGCAGGAUCUUGGAUGAUGGGCGCUAUCAACUCCUGUGCUCACACUGCAUACAUUCUCCAUAUUCCCUAUUGUCGAUCCAGGGCCAUCAACCAUUUCUUCUGUGAUGUCCCAGCCAUGGUGAUUCUGGCCUGCAUGAACACUUGGCUCUAUGAGUGUACAGUGUUUGCAAGCACCAUCUUUUUUCUUGUGUUGCCUUUCAUGGCUAUUGUGUGUUCUUAUGGCCUCGUUCUCCUUUCUGUUCUCAGCAUGCGCUCAGAGGCAGGGAGGAAGAAGGCCUACUGGACCUGCAGUACACACCUCACUGUGGUGGCUUUUUUCUAUGCACCCUUUGCUUACACUUACCUACGCUCGAGAUCCCUACGAUCUCCAACAGAGGACAUGGUACUAGCUGUCUUCUACACAAUCCUGACCCCAGUGCUCAACCCUGUCAUCUAUAGUCUGAGAAACAAGGAGGUGAUGGGGGCCUUGAUGAGAGUGAUUCAGAGAAUCUACUGUGUGAAAAUGUAA